GGGGGUGUUAUCUGGCGGUAUAAACCUGUUGCGCCCUGAACAACCGACGCAGGUUGCAGAAGCCACAACUUUCCGCCGGCGCUGAUCUUUUAACUUUUCUUUAUAUAAUGGGUUUGAAACGACGUGCAUGGCUCGUUUGGAUAACCCUCCUCGCGCUCGUUGUCACGGCGAAUUGUGUGCGCAAGAGUGACCUCUUUCAGUAUGGAGAGCGCGCCGGGGACCGCGUGCUGGAUCCAGGGAACGACGAAACGCAAGAGCUUCUCCUGGACAAGUCCAUGUAUUUCUACGACGGAUCAUUUGACACCGUUUAUAUCAACACCAACGGGUUCCUGGCCACCACCGAGCCCACGGCGGAGGCGGAGUACCUGGGGCAGAUGCCGGCCAGUUUCGGGAUGGUGGCGGCGCUCCUGGGCGACCUGGACACCGCGGACGGCGCGGGGAAGGUGUACUUCCGGCAGGACUCCGGCCCCGCGUUCCUGCGGCAGGUGCGGGAGCACGUCUCCCGCGCCUUCCCGCGCGACGGCCCGGUGGAGCCCGUCAACGCCGUGGUGGUCACCUGGGAGGACGUGGCCCCCCACGGGUCCGAGGGCAGGGGGGACGGGGCGCCCCGGAAGAGAAACACCUUCCAGCUGGUGGUGGUCUCCAUGGAGACCGCUUCCUACGCCGUCCUGCUGUACCCGGAGGACGCGAUGCAGUUCCAUUCCACGCCCAUCGGUGGCGCCAGCGAGCCCAUCCAGGCCGGCUUCAGCAAGGGGCUGGUGAAGGGCUGGUUCUGGAGGAGCACCCAGGGGCCGUACUACCGCACGACCACCGACGACGAGGCGUCGGUCAGAGAGCUCUCUGAGGCCACGAACUCGGGCACACGCGGCGUGUGGGUCUACGAGAUCGGCACCUACCCCUUCUUCUCCGCGGUGGUGCCCGGUCGGGUGACCGACCUGGCCCCCGAAACCCCCCCGGGGGGCCGGGAGAGGGUGGAGGAGGAGGGGGAGAGGGUGGUGGAGGAGGAGGAGGAGGAGGAGGAGCGAGCCCCGGACCCUCCGAGGGUCGCUGUGUACGACCGGGGGCAGCAGGUUCCCGUCUACCCUCCCUACCGGCCGGAACCGGAGGACCCCCGGCGGGUUCCGUACCGGGUUCCCGAUCCCGAGGAGGAGGUUCCCCCCGUGGAGGAACGUGAGCCCGAGGAGCCUUACCCCGAACGCCCCCGGGGCCAGCCGGUCCCGGUCCACCCGGUCCAGUACCAGCCCCAGAACCCCGAGGUGGUGGUGGUGGAUGAGGGGGAGAUCAGCGUUGACGUGUUCUCCUACCAUUUUGAGAAGUGCGCCAACAACAGGGAGAAGUGCUCCGUCUUCGCCGACUGCAAGGACUACUCCGGAGGCUACUGCUGCCACUGCAGGCCCGGCUACUACGGCAACGGCAAACACUGCGUGGCGGAAGGCAAGCCCCAGCGGAUGAACGGGAAGGUGAACGGGCGCGUGUACGUGGGCGGCUCGCCAACGCCGGUCCAGUUCAGCAACAACGACCUGCACUCGUACGUGGUGGCCAACGACGGGCGCGCCUACGUGGCCAUCAGCACCAUCCCGGCCGCCCUGGGCCCCUCCCUGCUGCCCCUGUCCUCCCUGGGGGGCGUCAUCGGCUGGGCCUUCGCCCUGGAGCAGCCCGGCUUCCAGAACGGCUUCAGCCUCGUGGGUGGGGAGUUCACCCGGCAGGCGGAGGUCACCUUCCUGCCCGGCAACGAGAAGCUGACCAUCAAACAGGAGUUUGAAGGCAUCGACGACCACGACCACCUGGUGGUCCGCACCGAUCUGGAAGGCAGGCUUCCGGAGAUCCCGCGGGGCUCCACCGUCCAAAUCGACCCCUACGCCGAGAUCUACCAGUACAGCAGCAACAUGAUCACCUCCACCUCCACGCGGGACUACACCAUCUCGCUGAGCGACGGCAGCACCCAGGCCAGGAGCUACCAGUGGAGGCAGAGCAUCGUGUUCCAGGGCUGCCCGCACGACGAGGCCAGCAGGGCGGCGCUGGCCAGCCAGCAGCUCAGCGUGGACCAGAUCUUCGUCAUGUACGACCCCAGUAACCAGCUCAUCCGCUACGCCAUGAGCAACAAGAUCGGAUCCGUUCACGGUGGGCAGCCGGAACAGAACCCGUGUUUUACCGGUCGCCAUGGCUGCGACACCAACGCGGUCUGCCGACCGGGCCAGGGAAACCAGUUCACCUGCGAGUGUGCGACCGGAUUCUCCGGGGACGGGCGGACCUGCCACGACAUCGAUGAGUGCAGGGAGAGGCCGCAGGUGUGCGGACCUCACUCCACCUGUAACAACCAGCCCGGAACCUUCCGCUGCGAGUGUGUGGCGGGCUUCCAGUUCGCCCCCGAUGGCCAGACCUGUAUAGAGGGCGACCGGGCGGUGGAUCACUGCCAGGCUGGGACCCAUAACUGUGACAUCCCCCAGCGCGCCCGCUGCAGCUAUACGGGCGGGUCCAACUACGUCUGCUCCUGUCUGCCCGGGUUCGAGGGGGACGGGCGCGCCUGCAGGGACAUCGAUGAGUGCCAGCCAGGCCGGUGUCACGAGGAGGCGGUGUGUUACAACACGCAGGGCUCCUUCAACUGCCAGUGCCGGCCCGGUUUCCACGGCGACGGGUUCCACUGCUCCUCAGAGCGCGAGAAGACCCCCUGUGAGCGUCAGCGGGACCUCGCCCUGGCCGGCUCCUCCGCUUUCGGGCCGCGGGGGCAUCGCCCCGCCGUCGGCGCGUUCGUCCCCGCCUGCGACGCCCACGGCAACUACCGGCCCACGCAGUGCCAGGGCAGCCUGGGCCAGUGCUGGUGCGUGGAUCGCCACGGCAACGAGACCCCGGGAACGCGCGCGCGCGGGAGACGGCCCCUGUGCAUUGACCACGAGGUGAGCCCCCCUCCCGUUGGCCCCACCCCCAGACCUGACGUCAGCCCGUUGCCCGCGGGAACGCACCUCCUGUUUGCCCAGAGUGGGAAGAUCGAGCACAUUCCCCUCGACGGACAGAAGAUGAAGAAGAGUGAGGCCAAAACCCUGCUGCACCUUCCUGACAAAGUGGUGAUCGCCGUGGCGUACGACUGCGUGGAGAAGAUGGUGUACUGGACUGACAUCACCGGCCCGUCCAUCAGCAGGGCCAGCCUGAACGGAGGAGACCCCACCCCCAUCAUCAGAGCAGAUCUGGACAGUCCAGAAGGCAUCGCCAUCGACCACCUGAGCCGCACCAUGUUCUGGACGGACUCCAUGCGCGACCGCAUCGAGGUGGCCUCCCUGGACGGCUCCAGACGCCGCGUCCUGUUCGACACCGACCUGGUCAACCCCCGCCCCAUCAUCGCUGACCCCGCCAACGGGCACCUGUACUGGGCGGACUGGGACAGGGACUCCCCGAAGAUAGAGACGUCCCACAUGGACGGGGCCAACAGGAGGACGCUGGUGAGGGUCAACCUGGGCCUGCCCAAUGGCCUGACCUAUGACCCCCACACCUCCCUGCUGUGCUGGGCCGACGCAGGUACCCGUAAAGUUGAGUGCAUUUCCCCCAGCGGGGAAAACCGUCGCAAGGUCAUAGAAGGCAUCCGGUACCCCUUCGGAAUUACGUCCUUCGGGAGGAACCUCUACUACACCGACUGGAGGAGGGACGCGGUGGUGGCGGUGGACCGCACGCUGGGCACAGAGACGGACGAGUACCUGCCGCAGAAACGGUCCCGGCUCUACGGCAUCACCACGGCAUACGCCCAGUGCCCUUCCGGGCAGAACUACUGCGCGGUGAACAAUGGCGGCUGUACCCACCUGUGCCUGCCAACCCCGUCUGGCCGCACCUGCCUGUGCCCUGACAACGCCGUGGGCGUCAGCUGCGUGGAGCGGGAGAGGGGAUACUGAGGAGGAGGAGGAGGAGCGGAGAGGAGCAAUCUCCUUCAGCAGGAGGCGCGCUCAGCCGUGCUCCUCCUGAUGAUGUCACUCAUCUGAUGGUGCUACUUUGCUUAACCCUUUCAAGAGCAGGCUUCUGUUUUUUUGUUUUUUUUCUUCAGAAUUCUCAAGUCAGUGUUCUAGAGCUCCGUUGCUUCCGGUUGCCAGUAGUGAUGAUCAGCAUUAGAACGUUCCGUUAAGAACAUUGGAGUGUUCCGUUAAGAACAUUCUAAUCAUACCUUUGUGACCUCACGCCUUUAAAGGGUUAAGAAUGCCACUCAAGCACCAGUCAUGGACAGCAAAGUGUCUCUUAAGAUCUUGGUUUUUAUUGUUGUUGUUGUUAUUAUUAUUAUUAUUAUUAUUAUUAUUUUUAAAUAUCUCAGUAAGUCUUUUUUAUGAUGAAUUGGAUUUGUUGCCAUUUAUCUGUCACUUUCUUUGUAAAUCACGUUUUCUCUUCCUGUAAAUAAAUCCAAACAUAAACAUACUGUAUUUUUUGAGGUAAAUUCUGUGGUGCACUCAAGGUUAUGGCCAUCGCUGUGGGGAAAAAAAAUAUAUUAGUAGUUUAUCAUCUAACAUGUAUAUCUAUUUGGAGCUUUAAAUUCAUAUUUUCUUAAGAUAAUCAAACAAAAAAAAGGUUUCGAGAGAAGGUAUUCAGCUGUUCACACAGACAGAGAAACUGGCCUGUGCACAGAGAGUACAGGCCCAAACACAACACGAUUUCGGCAUAGGUAGCUUUUUACAUUUUGAAGUAACGUUACUUCGUUCUGCCGCUGAGUUGCCACCCGGAAGUAUCUUAGCAACUUCUGUUUACAAACAUUCUGAUUUGUCAUAUUAAGGCCUAGUGUGUUACACUGAAUUUCUUCCCCGGGCUCGUUUCCUUUCUGGUGCCUUAGGUAUCAGGUGUGACUGUGAAGUUUAUGGUCCGUGGCAGAAUGGAACAGGAAGUGAUGUGGGUGGGGGGGUCGGA